GAUGACUUUCCUCUAUGCCUGAGUUUUUGUUUGUUUUGGGGUUUUUUUUAAUGCAAAAAGUGAGUCGUUUCGGGUCUACAGGAAUUAGGAACCCGAGGGUGCCAGGCGUUGGAAGGUGGAGUGGGCACACCCUGAAAGCUCCCCGCUGUGGUAGCUCUGGGGAAGACAGGACUGCUUAGCUCAGCGAAAAAUGGUGAGAAACGGGCACCCUGCUCUGCUAUCUAACAACUGGCCCUUUGGUGACCGAAGGCAUGAACUCCACUAAGCCACUGCUCCCCCAGCUACCUCAGGAAGGAGGGGAUUGCCUUCCUGCUAUUUCCUUGGGAGUUUUCUAAUGACAAUGUUUAGAAAGAGAAACAAAAUUGCAACAAGGGCGUUGCAGGAUAGAGACGUAAUUGGAGGGUAUGUUCAAAGAAUAAAUGGAAUGGUUUAGAGAAGCUGAUAUCUGGGAUCUGUGAAGGGGGAAGUCUCUGUCCACGUAGGAGAUCUGGGCCUUAGAGCAGCGUUGAAGACUGGUCUUGUCAAACAGAACUGUGGGGUGAAAUGCCUGAUAGAAUUUCAGUCUUUCUAGCCUGCCUUUAGACACUUUGAUUAAGUCAGUGGUUUUUCAGUUCGCUGAUUUCAUUGACUGAUCAUUGCAACCUUUCAAGAGCCUCAGGAUUGAAAUUUUAAAAUGGGGCGGGGGGGCGGAAUUCAUGGGAGAAAAUUGGAUGGGCUCAAAUCAGAGUGACAUGCUUCUCAGGGAUUAACUCACUCGAUAGAUACUAAGUGUUCACCAAACCAAAAGCUAGGGAUACAAAAAUGAUUAUGAAUUAGCUCCCUGGCCUCCAGGACCUUGCAGUUUGGUGAGAAGUGUAUACACAAUGAAGUGUGUGGUAUUGUAACAGAGGACAUGUGCUAUCAAGGUCAUCAUUGUUUAGUUCACAUUGAAUUCAACAUACAUCUCUGUCAUCUUUUAAAAUAAAAGAACAUCAAGUUGUGGAGGCCAUCAACUUAAAAUAGAAUGUUUUAUGUUUUAGGGCAUGAUCACAAUGAAACUAGUUAUUUUAUGGUAGUGGAGAGUUCAGAAUUUUAAAUCAGGAGGACUUGACUUGUUUUAAUUUGUCUCUACCUUACAUUAGCUGUAGAAACCUAAGUCAUUUAACUUCGCAGACUCUUCGUAUAAUCUACUUCUGCCUAUUUGAUUGCUGUGGUCAGAAUGUAGUAACGAAAGCAAAAGGACUUUCUACAUUAUAUACACAUGUCAAAAUUGUUACCAUCCUCCUCUUAGUAUGAUAAUGAAUAAGUGAUUUUAUCAGCCUUUCUUCAGUUCUUGGAAGACCUCGGUCAGCCUUUAAUAUGGUUAGCAAAACGGUUCUCUCUUUUGGCCUAAGGAUCUUUGCUUUAGGAAAAUAACCUCAAAUGUCUAUCAGGGCUGUAUUCUCAGGGAGGAAAUGACACGACUUCUACUCAACGAGCCAAAUCAAAAGGAAAUGAACUUCUAUCGCAGUGAGGGAGUCCUCAAGCGCCACGCCUGAGGACUGUUCUCCAAACUGCAGCCUCAGGCCACGACUGCAACCCAUUUUCAUUUCUCAUGAGUCAGCAGCCACCAUAUCUGGGAAGACCUAGGAAGGGCGCUCUGGCCGCACUAGAUGCGUCGGGAGACGACUGCAGAAAGCCCCUCUAGGCGCCGCCGGCGGCGAGACCGUGGUAGCGGUUUGGAUAUCUGCGCGGGAAGUGGGCGGUGGGCGGUGAAGCGGUGGUGGGUAGUCUCUUGGUGCUGCCCAAUCGAGGUGCGCUAUUCUGUGCGCGCACGCGGCCUCCGCCUUUCUCAACCGAUCUCAAUCCUCGGGAGAAGCCUCUUCUUUGAGCCGGAAGUGGGAGGGGAGAAGGCGGGGCUUUCGCUGUGCCUUCGCUUUGGGGCUUCGUCAAUCGGCUUGCAGCAGGGCUGUGAAAGACAGCGACUGGAACCAAUCAUCGCAAAGUUCCGUCCCGGCUGCAGCGCUCGCGCCCCUCGGUUCGCGACCGUUAUUGGUGGCGCGCGCGGGGACUGAAAGUAGGUAUGAAGACACUGGGAGACCGUUGGGCCUGGAGGGAACCCACCGCGAUCAUGGAGGACACUCAGGCUAUUAACUGGGAGGCUGAAGAGGAAGAGGAGACAGAGAGACACAGUGAAUCCUUGGGGUGUAUCUUGGAGCCCCUAGGGCGACUGCGUAUCUUCAGUAGUGCCCACGGACCAGAAAAAGAUUUCCCGCUCUACCUCGGAAAGAAUGUGGUAGGCCGAAUGCCUGAUUGUUCGGUGGUCCUGCCCUUUCCAUCCAUCUCCAAACAACAUGCAGUGAUUGAAAUCUUGGCCUGGAACAAGGCACCUGUCCUCCAGGAUUGUGGGAGCCUCAAUGGUACUAAAAUCCUGAGGCCUCCCAAGGUCCUGAGCCCUGGGGUGAGUCAUCAUCUGAGGGACCAGGAAUUAGUUGUCUUUGCUGACUUGCCCUGCCAAUACCAUCGCCUGGAUGUCCCCCUGCCCUUUGUCUCCCGGGGCCGUCUUACUGUAGAGGAGACACCCAGGGAACAGGGAAGAACUCAACCCCAGGGACUCCUGUUGGCUGAGGACUCGGAAGAGGAAGUAGAUCCUCUUUCUGAAAGGUGUGUGGUGAAAGAACCAAGGACCACAUCCUCCCCUAUGGCAACAGUAGUUCCUGAGAGUGAUGAAGAGGGGCCUUCCCCUCCCCCAGAUGGCCCUCGGCCACCUUUGGCCUUCAACUUGGACAGUGACACAGAUAAGGAAGAAAUUCAGCAACCAGCAGCAAGAGAGGCCUCCUCAGCUGCCACUGCAAAGACAGAACAGCCUAAAGUUGUCAUAACAGAAAUCCAUCUUAAAAAGGAUCAGCGUUCAGUGAAGGAGGGGAACAAUGACAUAAAAGUCAAGAGGGAUGCAAGGAAUGGGGUGAUUCUGGAGAGGAGCCAACCUGCUGGGGAGGACAGUGAGACAGAUGUGGAUGAUGAGAGCGGGCCUCCAGGAAGGACAGUGGAGGUCCAUCUGGAAAGAGCCCAGCCCUCUGGCUCCACAGACAGUGAUACAGACGUGGAAGAAGAGGGAGUCCCUGCAACCCUAGCUGUGCUUCCUGUGAAGAAGAGAGAAAUCUUCUAUGGAGUUAGUACAAAGAGUCCUGGGGGAGCUGGCCUGGCACAUCUUCAAGAGAGCCCAGCUGGUAGUUACACAGAUGUGGAGAAGGGUGCGGCCCCACUGAUGGUCCCUCAGGAGAGAAACCAACCCCCCAUAGUUAUUGACAGCGAUACGGAUGACGAGGAAGAAGUCUCAGCAGCGCUUGCUUUGGCGUGUUUGAAAGAGAGCCAUGCUGCCGUGUGGAACAGAGAUACAGAUGUGAAAGAGGCCAGGGCCCAGCCUCUGGCCCUCCUGGAGCGAAGCCAUACCUCUGCUGGGACAGACAGUGACACCGAUGUGGAGGAGGAAGAGUUCCCAGUGGAAAAGAGAGAAUCUGUCCCCAAGGGUGACACAGACAAAGCACAUUCAGAAAAGAGCCAACCUCUUUUCAGGGACUGUGAUAUAGAGAUGGAGAAAGAUAAGAGCUCAUCUGGAGUCCACCUGGAGAAAAGCCAAGCCUCCGCCACAGUGGGCAUGAACACACAAGUGGAAGAGGAAGUUCCACCAGGGCCAGCUGUCACACUGUGGGAGAAGCAUCAGGUGCCUGUGGCAUGGACAAAUCCAACAAAUGUGGAAACAGAAGGGGACCCAGCAAAGCUGCCUGGGGGGCAGCUAGAAGAAGCCCGGCAUCCUCCAGGCACUCCAGGGGAACCCACCCAGCCACAGAGAAAGGGAACCCAGCUCCCCACAGAGAGUGGGAGAGAACCACAUGUGGACAUGACCAGGGACUCUGGAGGCAACUGUGAUGUUCUAAAGGCUGGCAAGUCCAAGAUCAAGGCGCCAGCAGAUUCAGUGUCUGAUUCUGAAGAUCUGGACCUCCAAGCUACCCAGUGCUUUGCAGAGACAGAGAAUCAGAGCCUGGAAGCAGUCCCGAGCAUAGAGGAUGAACCCACACAGGCUUUCGUACCCCAAGAGCCUGGCCCUUCCCAUUGCAGCUUCCGGGACCCAGGUGCCCUGGAUGAGCCAUGGGAGAUCUUGCCUACUCAGCCAUUCUGUCCAAGAGAGUCAGAGACCUCUGAGACCCAGCCCGUUGCUGCCCAGCUUGAGGCCCAUGGAUCUUGCCCCUCUCCACUUAGGGCAAUGCCUCGAGACCAACAUCCAGAAAGCCCAGUUCACACAGAGCCGUUGAGGAUUCAAGGCAGAGGGAGGCAGACUGUGAAGAAAGGCAUGGGUAUACCAAGUGAAACAGCAGAGAGGGUAACCCCCGAGAGAGGGCCACUGGAGAGGGACGCCAAGAAACUGCCACCAGAAGGAGAGAGAGAAGAUGUGAUGGGAGAGGAAGAAUUAACUAGGGUGAUGCAAGACAGGGAGAGAAAACAGGUGUUGGCUAGAGCCACUCAGAGACAAGAGUCUGAUAAAACGGUGAAAAGUGCAAGUACGGAAAAGUAUAUGGAGAGUGUAAGGGUCGAAAUUGAAACACCCAAGGAACUACAAGAGAAAGAGAUAGUAGAGCAGACUCUUGCAAGAGAAGUAGUUGAGAGAGAAGCAGAGAAACUGGCACCAGAGAGAGAGUGUGAGCCAGAUGGGCUAAAGGUUGGUGUACCCAAAGUGAUACUGGAGGGUGGCGCCUGGAGAGGGGAGACAGAGCGAGGGAGCCAGGACCCAAAAGGGCAGGCCUCCAGUCCAACAGCAGAGCCUGAAAUAGAGGCAGGGGACUUCCAGGGACUAGCUUCAGCCCUGACAGCUUCUGAGAGCCAGUCAGGUGGAGAAAGGGGAGCCCCAGUGAGCCCCAUGAGGCAGCAGAGAGGCCACUUGAAUUACAAGAUGCCACCUGCUGAGAAGGCUUCUAGGGGUGACCCAGAAUCCCUAGGUGCUUAUCUACCUCUGACACAACCUGAAGCCGCAGCCCCACUCCCAGACCCCCUCGUUUCUCAGAGCCAGAAACAUCCUGCACCUCAGCCCGUCUUUUCUCUCUCACCCCCUUUAGAGCUGCCCUUUCCCAGAACCAGGCAAAAGAGGAGUCAGGAAGCCCCAGAGACUGCCUUGUCCUCAGAGCCGGCCCCUUUCCGUGCAAAACCCAAAGUCAGGCCCCGAGGAUCCUCCAGAAUGACCCCCUCUCCAGUUUCUUCUCUAGCCUUGGAGCCCCACCCUACCACCCCCACAGACCAGCCCAUCAGCCCUGAGCCCACAUCUUGGGCCACUCGGAGAAGGACACACACGUCCUCUGAAAUGACCCCUGCGCCAGUUGUCCUCACAGCCCCUGAGCUGCAAUCUUCCACCGCCGAAGACCAGCCUGUCACUCCCAAAAAUAUAUCUCAGGCUACUCAGGGCAGGACACAUAGAUCUUCUGUCAACAUGCCUGUUACCCCCAAACGCACUUCUCGGGGCAGGACACAUAGAUCUUCUGUCAAGACGCCUGUCACCCCCAAAUCCAUAUCUCAGGUCAGAACACGCAGGUCCUCUGUCAAGACCCCAGAACCAAUUGUCCCCACAGCCCCUGAGCUCCAGCCUUCCACCCCUACAGACCAUCCUGUCACCCCCAAACCUACAUCUCGGGGCCGGACACACAGGCCCUCUAUCAAGACUCCUGAACCAAUUGUCCCCACAGCUCCUGAGCUCCAGCAUUCCACUUCCACAGACCAGCCUGUCACCCCCAAACCUACAUCUCGGGGCAGGACACACAGGCCCUCUGUCAAGACUCCUGAACCAAUUGUCCCCACAGCCCCUGAGCUCCAGCAUUCCACUUCCACAGACCAGCCUGUCACCCCCAAACCUACAUCUCGGGGCCGGACACACAGGUCCUCUGUCAAGACUCCUGAACCAAUUGUCCCCACAGCCCCUGAGCUCCAGCAUUCCACUUCUACAGACCAGCCUGUUGUCCUUGAGCCCACAUCUCAGGCCACUUGGCGCAGGACACGUAGGGCCUCUGUCAAAACCUACCAACCAAUUGAACCCACAGACCCUGACCUUGAACCUUCCACUCCCACAGACCAGCCUAUUCCCCCUGAGCCCAUCCCUCAAGCCAACUGCAGCAGGAGGCCAAGGGCCACUAGAAAGCAUGGGUUCCUUGCAGCUCCCAUUGUCCACAACCCCUCCUCUGCACCCCCUGAACCUGAUUCCCGGUCCUCAAGGACCCACAGGCGAGGAGCAGUGAGAGCAGCUGAGUCCCCUAGGACCCCUCCUGAGCCUGCCUUUGCCCAGCUUCCAGAGGCUUCCACUCGCGCUCCUCAGAUCCAAAAGGGAGAGGCAGCAGGUAGACACAGGUCCACCCCAGAGCCCCAGGCUAAGGCCUCUCAAAACCACAAGAGACCUUUAGGGACUGUGGAUUCACCUCCACUUCAGAAACGGCUCCGAAGAGGAAAUGUCCCCCAGAAGACAGCGACCCUCAAGGAAGAGAAUGUAGUGAUGCCAAGACCAGGCAAGAGAAAGAGAGACCAGGCUGAGGAGGAGCCCAAGGGAAUGCCGGGCCGCAGCCUCCGAUGCACCAAACCUAACCACAAGUCCACAGCCCCCAAAGUACUCUUCACAGGAGUGGUGGAUGCCCGCGGAGAACGGGCAGUGCUGGCCCUGGGGGGAAGUCUGGCCAGCUCAGUGGCAGAAGCGUCCUACCUGGUGACUGAUCGAAUCCGCCGGACGGUCAAGUUCCUGUGUGCCCUGGGGCGGGGGAUUCCUAUCCUUUCCCUGGACUGGCUGCACCAGUCCCACAGGGCUGGUCGCUUCUUGCCCCCAGAUGACUAUGUGGUAACUGACCCUGAGCAGGAGAAGAACUUUGGCUUCAGCCUCCGAGAUGCCCUGAGCCGUGCUCAGGAGCGAAGGCUGCUGGAGGGCUAUGAGAUUCAUGUGACCCCUGGAGUCCAGCCUCCUCCAGCUCAGAUGGGAGAGAUCAUCAGCUGCUGUGGAGGCACUGUCCUACCCAGCAUGCCCCACUCCUAUAAGCCUCAGAGAGUUGUGGUCACGUGCUCCCAGGACGUCCCUCGAUGCUCCAUUCCAUUUCGGGUUGGGGUGCCCAUCCUCUCACCUGAGUUCCUGCUGACAGGGGUGCUGAAGCAGGAAGCCACGCCAGAGGCCUUUGUCCUCUCCACUUUGGAAAUGUCAACCACCUGAAAACCCCACCCCAGACCAAUAAAAGUGUUGGAAAAUA